UUUUGUAUUUUCCCUCAUUCAAAGGCAUGAUAGUUAAGUAUAAAAUGCUCCUACACAGUAGAAAAACAAGAGAAAGAGAGAGCUGUCAUAUUGUAAUACUCUUACGAGGGUCGGGUUCUCUAACUUAAAGAAAAUUAUAUACAUGUUAAGACAUGUAGAAAAUUUAGUAAUCAUGUAAUUAUUGAGUAACACAAGUUAGAAAGUUUUUCGUAUCUAGUUGGUUGUCUGAUUUAUGUUGCUUUUAUUGUGGCUUUCGAUUUAAGGUUGGCUAAGGUUUUGUCUUAGCAUCACACCUUUAAAAUAAAAAAUAAAAAAUUAUUGUAUUCGUUUUGUUGGGAAUGACAAGUCGUAUCAGAGCACUGCAAGAGAAAUUGCUAGGGAUAAUGCAAUAGAAGCCUUUGGAGAAAGGAUUUCUAAAUUUGGAAUGAGGAUGAUAUCAUGAGCACAUGGGUAGAGCACACUGUAGGGGAAAGGAAUUUGUCGGAGACUCGUGACAAAUUCAUGAAGGACAAGGUUAUUGGUUUGAAGGGAAACGUGAAAGUGACUUGAAAAUUUAUAAAAUUUAAGAUAUCAUUGUUUAAUUAUAUAUUAUCUAUACAAAUAAAAUUAUGUCAAUCUAUCAUGAUGUAUUAUUAUAUUAUAUCUAUAAAUUAAUUUAUUAAUUGAGGACAAAAUUCCACCACUUAUUUAUUAUAGAAACAUGUUAUGUCUUUGGGAUAGAUAACCCAAUCAUGGUUAUAAGUCUUAUCAUUUGGUUUUUGUUUCUCAUUUUUAUUUAAAAAACAAUUUUAAUAAUUAAAUCCAUUACAAUUUACAACAUGUGAUACGUCUUAUCCAUAGGUUUUUGUUUUUUUAUAUUUAUUUAAAAAUCAAUUUUCAAAAAUAAAAUUGUUAUUGAAUAUAAGUCUUGCAUGUGAAAGUAUAUGGUAGAAAAAGUACAUAUUUAUCUUAUAUUUUUUAAAAUUAUUUUAAAAAUUUUAAAUUUGAGAUUAUAAUUUUUUUAAAAUAUUUUUCAAAACCCAUUUUUUUUAUUUUUUAUUUUUGAAAAUAUGAAAUAGAUCGAGACGGUGCAUUUAAUUCGUUGGCCAAUCCCACCAACUUGAGAGGUUGUGGCGAUCCACAUUGGGUCCUUGGAUCUAGAUAUUUCGCUCUCAAUCCCAUCUUUUCUGACUUUUCUCGCCGUCCAAAGAAAAGAACAAACAAAAUGACUCAAUCCUCACCUGUUCUUCCAUGGAAAACCAAGAUCGCCCUUUCCGCGAUUUCUGCCGUUACCGACUUUUCCCUCCGUGAUGACGGCACUAUCAACCGCCGUCUCCUCAGCUUCCUCGACUUCCGCGCUCCGCCCAACUCUACCCCCGUUCACGGAGUUAAGACCUCCGACGUGACUGUCGAUCCCUCACGAAACCUCUGGUUUCGCCUCUUCGAGCCUACGGAGGUUCCUGGCCGAGGUGAGAAGCUUCCGGUGAUUGUGUUCUUCCACGGCGGCGGCUUCGCCUACCUGAGCGCCUAUUCCAAGGCCUACGACGCCGUGUGCCGCCGAUUCGCCCGGAAAAUCCCUGCCAUCGUGGCCUCCGUCAAUUACCGGCUCUCGCCGGAGCACCGGUGCCCUGCACAGUACGACGACGGCUUCGAUGUCCUCAAGUACCUGGAUUCUCAACCCCCGGCCAACUCCGAUCUGUCAAUGUGCUUCCUCGUCGGGGACAGCGCGGGGGCGAACCUCGCGCACAACGUGACGGUGCGGGCGUGCGAAACAACGACGUUUCGGGAGGUGAAGGUGGUGGGACUGGUUCCCAUUCAGCCCUUCUUUGGGGGAGAGGAGAGGACGGAGUCGGAGAGGAGGCUGGAAGGUUCGCCGCUGGUGUCAAUGAGGCGUACGGACUGCAUGUGGAAGAUGUUUUUGCCGGAAGGAGCCAACAGAGACCACGAGGCGGCGAAUGUGAGCGGGCCAAGAGGGAGGGAGUUGUCGGAGGUGGAGUUUCCGGCGACGAUGGUAUUCAUUGGAGGAUUCGAUCCGUUGCAGGACUGGCAGAGGAGGUACUGCGAGUGGCUGAAGAGAUCGGGGAAGGACGUGAGGGUGUUGGAGUAUGGGAGUGCGAUUCAUGCGUUUUACGUGUUUCCGGAACUGCCGGAGGCGUCUCUCUUGUUUGCAGAGGUGAAGAAUUUCGUUGAGAAACAGAAGAAAACGCGUAGGCAAAACCCAUCCAUGAUCUAGGUAUAAUUUAUGUAUUAUGAAUACUAAUAUAAUGUGUAGUUCUCGUAUUACUGAAGAAUAGUUUGCUCAGAA